AUGAAGGUUCUCUUCUGGAAUAUAUGUGGCAUUGGUAACGAUGACUCUCGGACGGAGCUCUCUAACAUCUGUCGGUUGCAUCACCCGGAUUUGGUUUUCAUUGCGGAGCCCAUGGUGACUUUUAAUUCUAUUUCAGCUGCUUAUUGGGAUUCUUUAAAUUUAUCUGCUCUUACUUUUAAUUCUAGAGGAACUCUUGCCCCCAACCUUUGGUUACUAACAUCUUCGGCUUGUGCAGACCCUUUAGUUAUUUCUAUAUCUGAUCAACAGGUUACGGUUCGCUGUACUUUUGAUCAUAUCCCAAGCCAGUUCACAUUUGUUUAUGCAAGCACUUCAUCUAUCAAAAGAAGAGACUUGUGGGCUGACUUUAUCUCUCUGCGCCCACAAACACAAGUUCCAUGGAUGGCUAUUGGUGAUUUCAACGCUAUACUGGGUGCCCACGAGCAGAUGGGAGGAGGCAGACCGUCCCAAGCUUCAUGCGCUGAGUUUAGUAACAUGUCUGACACUUGUAACUUUACCCACUUGAACACAUCUGGGGCAGCCUUUACAUGGUCUAAUGGCUGGAGGUCUCGUGGUCGCACUGAACGAAGGUUAGAUCGCUCCUUGUGUGAUAUAAGUUGGUUUGAUUCUUGGCCCCACUCUAACUGCAUAGCUUUGCCAAAGGUAGUCUCAGAUCAUAACCCCCUUAUCUUCUCUGGUUCUAGAGUUUUGCGCAAUGGUCAUCGUCCUUUCCGUUUUCAAUCAAUGUGGGUUCAACAUCCAUCUUUUCGAGAAACUGUAACUCAUUGCUGGAGAAAUACAGUUGUCUAUGGUUGUCCUAUGUUUAUCAUUCUGCAAAAAUUGAAAGCUCUAAAAACCUGCUUGUGCCAAUGGAAUUUUUCGGUUUUUGGUGAUGUUCAUAAUAGAAUGGCUAAUGCUCGGCAUAAUCUUUAUAUGAUUCAACAAAGAAUUUCAACUGAGGGUAUUAAUAAUGAUCUUUUCGAGGAGGAGAUUGUCGCCAAGACUACAGUAAUGGAGUCUCUUCAAAUGCAAGAGGCAUUUUGGAAAGAUAGAGCUCGUGUUAAGUGGUUAACUAAAUGGGAUAGAAAUUCUUCUUUCUUUCAUGCCUAUGCUCGUAUUAAAUCUUCCAGCUCUCAUAUCAGUUGUAUUCUUGAUGGAAACAAUCUUCUUACUGACCCGCUGGCUAUUGAGAACCAUAUUGUUAAUUUCUAUCAGACUUUGUUCGGCUCUUCUUUCACCCCUUCAGGUAUUGAUGAGGUUUGUGAGGUCAUCCAGCCGAUGGUCACAGACUCUGAAAAUGAUCUCUUAUCUGCAUUACCUACUGAUGAGGAAAUUAAGGAGGCAGUUUUCUCAUUAAGUGCUUCCAGUGCGCCAGGGCCAGAUGGUUUUCCAGGUUUUUUCUAUCAUCACUGUUGUGAUAUUGUCAGCUUUGAUGUUAUUCAAUUUGAAGCAAUUCUUUCAAUCAAAUUGGCUAUACCCCAAUACCAAUAG